AUACAUUCUAAGAUGGCAGCGACCAGGCGGCUUCAAAAAGAAUUGAACGAUAUCCGUCAAUCAGAUCAAAAAGGUUUCCGUGAUAUAAGAGUGGAUGAUUCUAAUAUAUUAUUUUGGCAAGGAUUAAUAGUUCCAGAUGUACCACCAUAUAAUAAAGGAGCUUUUAAGAUCGAAAUUUCUUUCCCAGCAGAAUACCCUUUUAAACCUCCAAAAUUAGCGUUUAAAACAAAGAUUUAUCAUCCUAAUGUUGAUGAGAAGGGACAAAUAUGUUUACCAAUUAUAAGUCCUGAAAACUGGAAACCUGCUACAAAAACUGAUCAAGUGAUUCAAGCACUACUUGCACUCAUCCAUGAUCCCGAGCCAGAGCAUCCACUACGUGGUGAUUUAGCUGAAGAAUUUACGAAAGACAAGAAGAAAUUUAUGAAAAAUGCUGAAGAUUUUACGAAAAAGUUCAGUGAACGACGCCCCAGUGACUAAAUCCAGUCGUUUUGAUGGUGGACAUGUUAAAAAUAUUAUUUAAAUACAAACAAAUGUGAUGUUACAAGCCUAAAACUUUUGAUUUCAGCGCAAGAGAAAAAUCAACCCAAUUGAAUAUGUGUUGUUAGAUAAUGGCCGUAAAAGAUGAAUUCUUCAUUUUUCAAACAUUCUUAUAAUCCUGCUCACAAUAUAAGAGUGAAAGUGUAUGAAAAACCAAGAAUUAUCUUUUUUUGGCCUCUUUAUGUUUGAUAUAUAAUUUUGUGAAAGUGUUGAAGAUUUCAACUUGAAAUGCCUCCAUAUCAAAGAUUAAUAGAAAAAGACUUUUGUAGUAUGACUUGACAAGUUACUCUGAUCAAACAAGACUUUGACAUGGUUUCAUAAUUGGCUUCAUCUUCACAUUGUCAAUACAUUAUCAACUUCAUCUAAUACCUUGACACCAAAAGGCAUUUUUUUAACUGAAGUUUGUUAUCUGCUUGAAUUGCAUGCUAGCUAAUACAGUCAAUCAGAGCCCUUCACAGAAAGACUGUAAACAAUAUGGCUGCGUCUGUAAUUACUAGUUCUCCUUUGCGUUGUGAGUUUACGGCAGAAAUAUAGAAGGAAAGUGUCUAUUGAUGUCAAGGUAUUAGAUGGAGUUUGUAAUUAAAUGAUAAUGUGGUUUUAAAUUUCUUUAAACCCUAAAACAGACACAAAAUCUUCUUUCAAGAUACAAUCUCAUAAAAUUUCUGUUUGAAAAAUAUUGCUGCCACAUUGGUUCUUUUGUAAAGCAUGUAAAAUUUUACACAGGUAUUAUCUCGGCAAUAGCAAUUGUUUAUUUUUUUUAAGGCAGAUUGUUUUCUGAUUGUUUGUAAAUAAGUAAUUGACAACUGUUUGCUCAGGUUUUGGUCUUGAUAUUUACUAAGCUGAAAGUAUACAUUAAUUGGAUGAUUUCUAGAUACAGCAAAGAAACAGCAAGAAUGAUUAAACAGUUUUAUGUUAAAUUGGUAAUGGUUAGUAGUCAAAGAAAGAUAGCGCUGUUGUCAUGCUUUAAAGUUCUUCUCUUUUGUAAGCUGAAAUCUUCUGGGAUCUCACAAGUUGAUGCAGAAUACAUUUUUGGGGGUUUAUUUCUUAAAAUACACGUGUUUCUUUACUAUAAAAUGUUGAUCAAUAGUUGAAGGCCGUGUGAGGAACUGGUUGAAUGAUUAUUCAAAAUAACAGUUUCUUGUAAACAAAGUCGUUAGAUAGUUUUUUAUUAAUUAUUAAUGAGGCACACGUAUCAACUAGUUUGGUCAAUGUUAGUAUGUCUUUCUAUUUUAUUUUAUUGUGUAAAAUUUAUGUUAAGAUUCAUCUUUCAAUACAACCAAUGGUAACUUUUUUUUGGCAGGAUACUUCUGCGAUGUUUAGCUUUCAUGUGGCGUUAACAAAUUAAACAUUAGUUAUUAAAAAUCAAGAUAACAAUGAUUAUUUAGGCAGUCAGCUAUGAUCUGUCAAAAUAGCUUAUUUGAAUUUGAAUCUAACCUUAUUGAAAAUUUGGGGAAAGUAGAUUGAUAUUUAUGUCCCAAUGGUGAGAAAAUGUUUUUUCAAGAUUUGUAAAGUAUUAAGGUAUAGUAAAAACAGAAAAAUUAAUUUUUUUAGUAGGACAAAAGCCUAAAACCAAGUAUUCAAAAAUCCAACUCACAAAAGACUAAUCUAUGCCAUAUAACUGGUGAUAAUAAAUAAAACAUUCCCUCUUUAUUGCUGGACAAUCGUGGCAUUUUUAUAACAUCAAAUUUGUACUAUUCAUUUGGGUACAGAACUAUAAUAAUUAUAGUUCUAUGAUUUGGGGUAAAGCAAUAAGUGAGAAAUGAACCUGUCCUGAUGAUAUAAGAAUGAAUGUAGCACAAAGUGUGGGCUAAACUAAAGGAACAUUUUAAAAUUUGAUUCAUGUUUACCGAAAUAUGAUUUUAUUUGGUUCUCUAUGAAAAUUGUAAUUUGGAAUAUAAUAUUUUGUGUGUUUUAAAGAUACCAUGAGGUUGUUACUAUGUGAAUGAAAGAUUUAUAUAUCUGCUCUGUUAGAAAUUAAAAACUCACUUAAAACUAGAUAAUUUCUUUGUUACAUGUUUAAAAAUUGGAGCAGAAAUAUACUUUUAUUUUGUUGAUGUAUGGAAGUGAUUUAAGAUUGCCAUAGUUUAUUUUUCUUUUACUCUCGCAUUGUGAACUACUAAAAUCCUAAUUAAAUUGCUAUCUGUUAAAGAAUAAGAAAAUAUCUUGUAAACACUUCAUCUUUAUUUCGUCUGAUCUGUAAAUCGCUCAUUUAAAUAUAAUGAUAAUCUAAUAACAUUGUCACUUGUGCAAAUAAAUCAUAAACCUUGUAGUUGAUUUCUUAUUGUAGGUCAGUAUCAAUUAGUGUGGUAGGAUAAAAACUCAUUUUAAUUGACAUACUAAUUUUGUGCUCAUGUCUUUAAAAUCCUCACCUUACCAUCAAUUUAUUAAACAGAACUGAUGUGCAGUUUUUCCUCAAGACUUUCUAGUUUCCAUUCUGCUUUUUGAUUGUCUACUCAGUCCAUGUGCCAAUCAUAUCAUUACUAACGACCUCAGAAAUUAAGAGACAUUAUAAUUCCGUCAAAAUUGAACUAGAUAAUAAUUUUAAGUAAUAUUUACAGCAGGAUUCAUGAGUAAACGAAACGAAAAAAUGCUAUACUUGUUAGUUAUGAUUGACGGAUGGGGGAGUGGCCAGGUGUUAUGUGAUUGUACAUGCAAUAAAAGCUGUAUAU